CACCAAGCAAUAUUGCAUACAUUUGCAUUCAUCACUACACAUAAAUCCAAAACCCUUCAAUUAGUCACACUUCCCUUUGAAAAAUGGCUAAGCUAGCACCAUGUGUGGUUCUCAUGUUGUGCAUGGCUAUAGUGGGUGCACCCAUUGCCAAAGCUGCCAUCCAAUGUUCCUUUGUCACAAAGAGUAUAGCUCCAUGCUUCGGUUACCUCAAAAGCGGAGGGACUGUUUCCGGGCCAUGUUGUAGUGGCAUCCAGAACAUCAAUGGCACUGCCAAGACCACCUCUGAUCGUCAAGCAGUUUGUAACUGCUUGAAAUCGGUCGCAGGUAGUCUUGGCAGCCAAAUUAACCUUAACAAUGCUGCCUCUCUACCUGGCAAAUGUGGUGUUAGCAUUCCCUAUAAGAUUAGCACCUCUACCAACUGUUCUAGCAUCAAGUGAAGAAAAUUCGGACGGUGAUGAUGAAUCGGACACGAGAAACAAUAAUUUAUGGUAGAGCAAGAGUUAUAGUCUACUCUUUAUUUGUGUUUAUUUGGAAACACUGUUAUGUGUUUCUAUUGAAGUUAUAUUAUGAUGCUUUCAAAUA